GAGGUGUGGCUGCGCAGCCCGGCGCCCGAUUCCGCCGCGCCCGCGGCGCCCUCGGCGGCGAGCGGCCAACGCGUCCCGCCGCCUGCGCUGCCAGCGCCAGCCGGGCAGGCCGGCGCGGCCCGCGCGCUGCGCGUGGCGUUCGCGGUCUUCGUCACGGACGUGUCGAACCCCGCGGGGAUGGACGCGCUGGCGGUGCUGGCGCACGGCGUGCGCAAGGCGGCUGCCCGGAGCAGGCACAGGGUGGACCUGCUGGUGCUGGCGCCCGAGAGGCUGACCGAGCCGGCGGAGAAGCACCUGCUGGAGGUGGGGUACAAGGAGGUGCUGAAGAGGCCGGUCCCCGUGCCGGCCGAGGAGGUGAGGGGGGAUGCCGUCCGCAACUUCAUGGGCGGGAAGUCGGCGGGGGCGGACAAGUUUGCGUUCGCCGAGGAUCGGCGGCCAGGCCGGCAGCCCAGAGUGUUCGACAUCCUCGUAAAUCGAAGGAGACCAUCAAGUACUGGGGCCUGACCCUGGUCGGAUACGACAGGGCUCUGGUGAUAGACGCGGACAUGAUGAUCCUGGACCCUAUGGAUGAGCUCAUGGAGCUCGAGGCAGACCUUGUUGGCAUCUACGACCACGGCAUUGACGUCCCUGGCGCGGCAGUACCGCCCGCGCAGGGUGGCUUUCUGCUCUUCAGGCCGAACGUGGAUGACUUCGAGGCCAUCAGAGAGCUGACGCGCGAGGGGGACUGGGGGGGUGACGGCUGGAAGAAGAGCAGGAUCGGGUACUGCUAUGGUGGUGCUGGGCCCGAUGGCCUGCUCCAGUACUACUUCAACAGGGGCGCGCUUCCGGUCCAGAUCAACAAGACGCAGCUUCCGGAAGGCCUUAGAGCGGAGAGGCUCACCGGAUCGAGAUUCCAUGCUGUGGACAGGUCGGUGUAUGACGUCCUGGAUGGUGGUCCGCGCAUCCGACCAUGCAGCGGUGAUCGCGGGGGUCAAGUCGGCCCACUUCACGGGCUCGUGCGGGAAGCCGUGGAAGUGCGCCGCGCCCCGCCCGGCGCAAUGGCUCUGCCAGGCCCUCACGCGGGAGUGGUGGCGGCUCCGCGGGGAGCUCCGGCCCCGGAGCGGCGGGCCGCGGCCGCUGCAGGGCUGCAGGCACGGGCUCUACGUGCCCAUCGACGAGGAGGAGGCGGCCUGGGCGGCGGACCCCAACCGGAAGGCCGGCUUCGGCUGGUUCGCGGACGACGCCGUCUGCACGGCCCCUCCCCUCGCCCAGUGGCACGGCCCCCGGCAGGGCGGGAACUGCGGGCAGGACUGCCUCGCGAAUGCCCAGUGCAGGUUCUUCGCCGAGUGGGCGGACGGCGGCUGCAGGAUCUUCGACUCCUGCGAAGGCACGUCGCCAGAGGCUGCGACCGUGUACGCGAGGGGCGACGCGCCUCACAGCAGGCGCCUGCGCGCAGGCCCCGUCGCCGCGGAAAAAGGAG